AUGAUGAGCACGCGACUUCUGGCGACAAUUGGCGUUCUGCUGACGCUGGUUGCUGCAGGAAGCAGCAUCAAAUGCUGGCAGUGUGGACAGUACAGCGAUGGCGUUGGAUCCAUAACGCCUUGUAACAACAAAAGCGCCACCCGUCUGGCAGAAUGCCCGCCAGCGGCGAAGUAUUGUAUUAAAUACGUAAGCGAGUUGACUGUUGUACGAGAUUGUGUACCAACGUGCACAGAAAAAGAAUGGUGGGGCGCUCGAACCUUCUGCUGUGAAUCUGAUGAGUGUAAUUCUGCGUUUACACAAAUGCCAACAACUGUCACCAUUGUUGCAGUUAUCACAUUAGUACUAGCAAUUGCACGCUGA